CUCUGGUCUCCUAUCCGCAAUUCACCCUUCUCCUUCAGUCCUUCAUCGUCCAACCAGUUGAAUAUGGCGGAAAAAAGUAAACAUGUGAGUGGACAAACCUCGGGAAUCUCUAAUUCUGUACUGAAUGAAAGGAUCCUGUCCUCUAUGUCUCACAAAUCUGUAGCUGCUCACCCAUGGCAUGACUUAGAAAUUGGUCCAGGUGCACCAGCGGUGUUUAAUUGUGUUGUUGAGAUAGGAAAGGGUGGGAAAGUUAAGUAUGAACUUGAUAAAAACAGUGGCCUUAUCAAAGUGGAUAGAGUUCUUUACUCAUCUGUGGUUUAUCCACAUAACUAUGGGUUUAUUCCGAGGACAAUCUGUGAAGAUGGUGAUCCAAUGGAUGUCCUCGUACUUAUGCAGGAGCCUGUUCUACCUAGUACCUUUCUUCGUGCUCGUGCAAUUGGAUUAAUGCCUAUGAUCGAUCAGGAUGAAAGGGAUGACAAGAUAAUAGCAGUGUGUGCUGAUGAUCCUGAGUUUCGUCAUUAUAAUGACCUUAAAGAACUUCCUCCACACCGUCUUGCUGAAAUCCGCCGGUUUUUUGAGGACUACAAGAAGAAUGAGAACAAAUCUGUGGCAGUGGAAGACUUCUUGCCUGCAGAAGCUGCUGUUGAUGCUAUUAAAUACUCCAUGGAUUUGUACGCUUCUUACAUUGUGGAGAGCUUGAGGCAAUGAUCCAAUUGCAGGUCAGGUUGAGGUUUUGCACCUUUAGGGCAAUCCCUGGGCAGAACAACUGUCUGAACUUAUGUUGUGGUAAAAAGAAAUACCGUGGUAUAUAGAACUUCUGGUACAAAGGCCAAAACAUUGCUUUAAUCAAGCAGGUCCGAGUUAUGUUGAGGACCACCUUUUGGCUAACAUAGCCUCCCGUGGGGACCAACAAGAGGUGGGCGUCCCUAGAGAGAGAACGCUAGAAAUAAUCUGUGGUUCCAUACAUUAUUUUAGCAGCUGUUGCUGUUAGUUAACUCUUCUUAAUAUGGAGUACAUGUUUACAAAAAAUCAAGAAAGAGUCCUCGUUUAAAUAAGAUUAUUUUGAAAAUUAAUUGUCAAAAGUAAAAAGCAAAAUUUAUAAAUAUGAUCAACCUUGUUAAAUCAAAUUCAUGCAAGUGUGAUUAGUGACUAAUAAAGCUAUCGUGUUCCACUAUUAAUUAAUAUGAAUAUAAGUUAUACGAAGUAUAUUGGUCUACUAUGGCCUUUUUACGUUCACCUUAUCGAAGUUAUUAAGCUGUAUUCAAUAAUAUGACUUGUGCUUUUUGCAGACGAGGUGAGUAUUUGAUUUAAAGAAAUUACGGAAUAAUACCUUUAAUUGUAUUGCGUUUCUUUGUUAUUACUCCGUAUUACAUAUCUUACUAUUUGAUUCUUGUAACGAUCAUUACACAAAAAGGUGAUUGUGCAAAAAUGUUUUUUUUGUUUUUUUGUGUGUUCCCAGAUAUGCAAAACCAGGGAUAAAAUCUUAUCUACCAUAGUUAAAACUUAAAACCUUGUUUAUGGCGACUUUGGUGAUUGGUGACAUAAAACCUGUAAACAUUGAUUAUACAACAGUAGUAUUUUUUUUGUAAUUAGAACUUAAGAUUUAAUACGUUUUAUUUCAUGAAAGAUAAUACAAGCAAAAUCUGUAAUGUACUCCGUGAGAUUUUUAACGGUUCAGUAUGUUCUCGUUUUAAGGAUGGAACAAUUCGGUACCAUGUUGUUUCGGAAUGCUACAAAAUAGUUCGGUACAUUGUCAAACACGCUAAAACAUUUGGACAAAUUUUAUAAUUAGUAGAUAUCAUCACACCUAGCCAUGGAAGUGAUGGAACCAGGCUGGUUCGGGUCGGUCUCAGGUUCGGUCAGUCCUGAUUUUAAAUAAUUGAAGCUCAUUACUGACCUGGUUUGGCCCGGUUCCGGUUCAAGUCCAAAUAGUACCGGUCCCGGGUCGGGCCUGAGUUGAUACCCUUUAAUUGUUUUUUUUAAAGUAGCGGUUGGGACCGUCUCGUCCGGUCCCAAAAAUUUAAGCUCGAAUCUCGACCCUCUUUUACCACGGUUCCGGUACCGAAAAACCGGCCCUGGGCCGGUACUGUUAGUACCGGUCUUGAGCCGUUAGUAACAGUAUCGGUUCCGGGUUAGAUCACAGGGCCCAUUCCAUCCCUAAUCACACCGGUCAAUUCACAUGAAAUGUUUAUAAAAAACAACAUAGUGCAUAUUAAAUACUAGUAAAGAUUCAAGAGGCUGACUUUUUUGUAUUUAAAUUCACAAAUAAUCAAAUCGUGCAGCACAACAAAACAAAAAUAUAGCAAAAUAAUGAUACAUCAGAUAAAUACCAUCUUUAUUUAAUUCAUGUGAAAAUGAAAAAAAGAAUAUCAUCA